AUGGAAUUAACUUCUGGACGUUAUGAGAAUUUAUUUGGAGGUUUUAUUUUUCCGGAGAGGGGAAUUAAGAAGGAAGCAGCUAAAGUACUUCCGGGAAUUUAUCAACUUGCAUUACAAGUUUACAAAGAUGAUUUGAAAUUAUAA